AUGAGUCUCAGCUACAUUUACGGCAAUGACUCCAGCACCGCCUUUGUGCCUGUCCGUAUUGAGGAGUCCUCCAUCUGUACAGCCACGGUGAGUUCCUCCCUCCCCCUCCCCCUGCGGGACCUGUGUCAGGCCAAUUUUUUCAUGCCUAACUACAGCGAGGGUAAUCGAUGGUUUGGAAGCAUACAGAAAGGUGCUUUUAAAAGUUUAACUGAAGCUAGUGCUAAAUCCUACAUGCCAGAACUGUAG